ACGUCGGGGCGCGUUACGGGGGCCGGGAAGGGACGGGAUGUGGGCGCGGGCAGUGUGGCUGGGCCUUCGGGCCCCGCCGGGCGGGCGUCGGGGCUUCACCUCCAAGGCGGGUCCGCAGGGAAGUGGCCGAGUCACCGCCGAGGUGAUCGAGCACCUGGAGCGCCUAGCGCUCGUGGACUUCGGCAGCCGCGAGGCGGUGGCGCGGCUGGAGAAAGCCAUCGCCUUCGCCGACCGGCUCCACGCCGUGCACACCGACGGGGUGGAGCCCAUGGAGUCCGUCCUGGAGGACAGAUGUCUAUACUUGAGAUCCGACCAUGUAGUUGAAGGCAACUGUGCUGAAGAACUACUACAAAACUCUCAUCGUGUCGUGGAAGAGUAUUUUGUGGCCCCCCCAGGUAAUAUUUCUUUGCCAAAGCUGGAUGAACAAGAGCCCUUCCUGCACAGCUGAGUAGUUAUUCUGGGAAGGGGGUGUUCUGUGGACAGACGGAAGCACAGUGAUAGUUUUGUUAUUGUGAACACUAACGUUCCCACUUCUUUUGGUCACCUAAAAAAAUGGAGGCUCAAGCAUUUCUUAGUAACUGACUCUUCUGAAGACAGACUGGGAAAGAACUAGCCAAAACAAGGGAAUGAGUUCCUGAUGCCAAUGGAAAUAAAAGGAAACAGCAAAAGUCAGUUUCCAAGGAAAUGGUGAAGUAUUCACUUAACAGACCUGUUCAGUAUGGAAGACAUUAUCUUCCUUUAUCUCCCCCCAAAAAGACUGUCUACCAGACUGCAUAAAAGUGAAUUUUUUUUUUUACAUUUAAGUGGUAGACAGAGCAUCUGAUCACUGUGUAACAACCCAAGUUGUCAUCUUUAGUUGCUCUUUCUGUUGGUUUCAGCAGCCCUAUCUUUAGCGAACAUACCCGAAUUUGUUCCUGGGUACCCACUUUGUUUCUAGCAGAGAGCUUUUUGUUAAGGUCUGAAGAGUAUUCAAAGUAGACUACAGUUUGGGAACUCCUAAUCUAGAACCAUCUGCCAUCCCACAAAGUGACUGUAUACAAAAAGGGACACUAACCAUACCCGGUGUUUUUCCUUCUGAGAAGAAAACUUAUCAAAAAUACCACUGGGCCUGGGACAAAAAUCACUUUCCAUCCCCAAAGUGAUUAUUAAAUUAAGAUGAAUCCAAGUUUGUGGGGGAGGGUCUUUUGUUGUUUUCUAAAAGCUCAGAUACCAAGGAUAAAUGAGACCUAUUUAGGGGUAAAAGUAAUAGAACCAGAUCUUAGAGAUUUUUUUUUCCUCCAACCAAACGGUCAAAGUUGGUUUUGGCUAAGAAUUUCCCAAUCAUCUUUGUGCUGCUGCUUACUUUUAAAAGUCUGUUUUUAUUCUUCCCAUUCCCUUCUUUUAUCUGCAGUGCUCCCUUUUUCUUUUUGGCAGCUUAAUGUACAAACUUGGCCUUGAAUUGAAAGAAAACUUUGAACGUUCCCUCAGGGUUGAAGUUCUCAAACCAACAUGAGAGCAACUAUCUUUAUCCGCAAAUAAAGUUAUCCACUUCUGUUUCUUAA